GUUUUUCAACUUUUCAUUAAUAGAUUUCAAUUUAAUUAUAAGACAGAGUUGUAUACGAAGUUUCAUCGAAUACAGGGUAGCAGUACAGGCUGAAAUGCGCUGGUGUUGCUCAGCAGAUUUUGAUUAGCACCGAGUCAGGCAUUUACUUGGCAGCUCUAGAAGUUGAACGUUACACACAGACGUCAUGGGUGGGCAACCUAGCCAUGUGAUCUCGCCGAUGCCAAUCGGGAAAACUGUGAUCAUCACUGGAGGAAAUACGGGUAUAGGCUAUGAGGUUGCUAAGGGCGUUGCCAUGCUGGGAGCAAAGGUGAUUCUGGCUGUUCGCACAGAAGAGAGGGGAAAAUCAGCAUUGGCGAAGAUGAAAGCUGAUUACGAGGAACGGAAGAAGGGAGGUGACUGUUACGACAUAGUGGUCCGUGACGAGUUAGAUGUACAGUAUCACAUUUGUGACCUCACAUCGCUCAAGUCCACCAUGCAGUUUAUCUCGUGGUUCAAGAGCACGGGUCUCCAACUCAGUGUGCUCGUAUGUAACGCCUGCACAUACUCUCUCUCAGAAGUAUUGACAGAGGACCAAUGGGAGAGCACAUAUCAGGUCAACUACCUCGCCCACUUCCUCAUGAUCUCCGAGUUUCUCCCUGCAGUGUGUGCGUCUGACGUGGAGUGCCGUAUUGUGAUCAUCUCAUCCCAAAACCACAUGCAGGCCGAGUUUGACCCUGAGUACGCUGCUUCCAGUCGCAUGAAGAAGUUUGACGGGUUCAACAGCUAUGCCAAUUGUAAACUGUUCCAGAUCCAGCUGAUGUACAGCCUGGACAAGGUGUUGGAGCACCACCCUCACAUUGAUGUGCUGUCUGUGGACCGAGGCAAGCUUGACGCCAUGGCCUUCCCCAACAGUGAUGCAUCUUCACAAGGCUUCUCCUGCCAGAUGUCCUGCCUCAAGUGCUGUGGUGGGAUGAGGGAUGAUCGCCCAGGAGCAGACACAGUGAUCUUUGCAGCUCUGGACCCAGCACUGCAGGGGCUCAGUCGGGGCUACUUCCUGCGACCCCGGGAUAAGGCUCGUUUCCCGAGUAGGCAGGCUAGGAAUAAGGAGUUGCAGGACUUUCUCUGGAAGUGUACGAUUGAGAAUCUCAGCAACUAUUUGUCUGGGGAGGCUCUGAAAAUCCUGGCAGAGAAGUCAUAACACCAACAGCGUACCCGACACAGCAUCGGUCAACUAUAAUAUAUGCAUUUUCUUGAAAUUUAUGUGAAUUUUAUCAUUAUAAUUUAUAGUUUGAAGCAGUCGGUAUCUCUUGGAGUUUUCAUGGUUUUAUCAAAAUAAAAAGUCAGUUGCUCAACAUUUUACUCUGUAUGAAGUUUUUUAUUGUUGUUUGAAUAAUGUUGCUUGAUUUUGAUUAUGUGUAUUUGAUAAUACCCGGAUUUUAAUUAAAGGCAUUUAACUGAGCUUUUAUGAUAUUAUUUGCAAGAGCUCCAUCAACUUUGGUGUUUAAGACAGGUGUUAAGGGACUUUUUGUUUUUAAAGGCCUAGUUUAAGGAAUGUUUGGCAUGACAAUCCCCUGCUGUGCAUCUCCUGCUAAUUGCACUGAUGUCACAGUAGGGGCCAAUUUCCUGUGUAUUUGUUUAUUGGCUCAAGGCCAAUAAGGGUCCAUUUCUAUUAUAAAACCUCCAAGACUGCACAGCAGGAUUCUCAAGAUAGGAGAUCUGAUAAGACAAUUAGGCAAUUAGAUUAAAAUCAAUACACAGAGGUUGUUUACUAUACACGGUUUAAGGGGGGGGGGGGGGGUUACAGUCAAUAUUAAAACUUUGCUUUAUGAACCUAAUAAGUUCCAUUUAAUCAACAAUCAUAUUGUGGUAUAAUAUUUUUGAUUCAUAUGACUGGACGUAUGGUUUAAACAAUAGUAUGUGUUUUUGAAUAUAGCAUACCCAUUCAUCAACUAUUGAAAAUCAAAAGACAGAUCUUGCUAAAGACAUAUUUUUAUGUGAUACUGUGCUAUUACUAAUGUUGUACCAAAGACAAUCAGUACCCAAGAUUGAUUUGGGAAAAGUACAAAUUGAGGGGUUUUGUGGUUCUAGUGUUUAGAACUUUGUAUUUAAUCAUCAAAUGUUGUUUGGAGAGAAUCUUAGUAACAUGAAGGCACAUGAAUGUGAUGGGUUUAUUUUGUCUUAGGUAUGGUUCGCUGGAAUGACAGGGUUGAUUAUGUGUAUCAUGAACCUUUGUUAUAUAUCAAACUGACCUGAGCAAACAGUGCUUUCGUGAGCUUUUAUGAUUUUACAAUAUUCGUCAUGUGUCUUAAUAUUUGUUUUUUUCCAUGGUUUGUUUUUUACAUUUUGAUAAAGCUUUGAUACUCAUGUGAGAAAUAGCAAGCAACGUGGCUCUCUUGUUUGUUAAUUUUUCCCUACCAUGCCCAAUGCUCAGUAUAACUAGAUGUUUUCCUUAUGCUUCUGUUUACAUCAAAUGAACUGUGAUAUUAUUUGUCCAGCUUUAUUUUUAUCUUUAUUUUUUUUUUUCUUGAUGUGUUUUUACAUUCAAUUUUUGCUUUUUUGUUUACAUUUUCCUUAUGUAAUUAUUUUUUUUACCUGUGAUGUUGUUGUUGUUGUUGUUUUCAGUAUUAAUUGCCAAAAUCUAUGAUACUUAGUUAUUACCCAGGGAGAAUUAUAUACCAUGAAACUCAUAUAUUGCGGGUUUUCCUGUAUAUUUAACAUGCAGUAUUAUCUGGUAUGGAUAAUGAAUUUACUUUUAUGUUUUAUCCAAUUUAUCUUUGUUAACAUUAGCAGUUGUUAUAAACUGAAAUCCAAAUAAUUGAUAUUUUUUCGUAUAGAAAUAUUUUGAAGGGUUUAAAUUUUACAAUACAAAAUGGUUCUACUUAUUAUAAAUUUGAAUUUGUUUCUUGUCCUGCCUGCUGCAUGUAGAAACUGGGAAAGGAACACACUAUUAUUUGAGUGCAAACGACGACUAUUGUUGGAUAAAAGUAUCUUUUAAGAAUUGAUAUAUAUUAAUGUACUUAACCUCGAUAUCACUGGUAUGAACCGUUAGUUGGUACAGUACACAUAUUUUUCCAUAAUUUGUAUGUGUUGUAUUUGUUUUAAAAAUUGUGUUUAUAGAGACAUUCAUUAAUUUUUCUGUUACAUAUUUAAGUGACACUCUUAUUUAAAAUCAAUACAUACACAUGUAUAACAAACAUAAAUUGUGAGUGAUAAACCUUUAACUACCUACUAAAUAAUAAAUUUAUGGAAAAAAAUAAUUACUGAUAACAAGAUUGUAACUGUGUAUUUAAUAGCUGAGUAUGCAAAAAUAUUAAAUGAUUGGUGAAUGCUAAAACAAAUUGCAAUCUACUAUUGUCUCAUAAGGUAUAAAUACCAUGUUUUCUGCACCUUUCUUUCAAACUUAACUCAGUAUCCUUCAUAUAAAUAUUGUUUUCGACAUUUAUUCAUCCUUAUCGGUGUGAUGUAAAUCCUAUAACAAUGAUUUAACACUUGUGCAGGAUAAUAUUUAUGUAUUUUGUCAUGUUUUGUACAACAAUCACAGUUUGAAAGUAAAGUGCUUUUUCCCAUGUUUCAAUGUUCAAAAAAAUUGUCUGUUUUUUUUAAUUAAAGUGUUCCACUAAAUUAAACAUUAAGUUAUAUCAGUUGUUAAGUAAAAAAAACAACAAUUAAUACUAGUAAUUUAUAGAGAAUCUUGAUGGAGAAGUUUCAAAUUUCUUUUUAGACUCAUUCUGUUGAGCGAAACUUCACAACAUGUCAAUUUAUUACACAUUCAAUAUCCAGGAUUGGAAUGGUAGGAGUAAAUUAAUAUAGUUCCACUUGUUAUGAGGUGGUGUACUUUGUGGUAAAAAAAAGGGAUAAAAAAGUUUCAGAAAUUAUGAAUAUUGGGUGUUAUGAAACAAGUUUAGUCAUUAAUCAGUUUUCAACUUCCUUGAAUGAUGAAUUUUUAAUUAUUUUGAAUACACUGAAUAACCUUUCAUCCAUGUUUGAAAUAAAGAUAUGAAGUGAAA